UGUGAAAUUUAACUUUUAGGAGUCAUUUAAUCUCGUUUUUCCAUAUGUUUGAACAUUUUACAGUCAUGAGCAUCUUUCUAUAGUUAUAAUGUCUGUUACAACAGAGAUAAAAAAAAUAAAAAAAAGAAGUGUAGGCUGUCGUUUGCAUUGUUCAUAUAACCGCGUAAGUCUAGUAGGCCUAUAUGUUUUAACAGUGUACUUAUAUGACGAAUAAGUCUGGUCUAUAUACAUUUUGCAGCAUUUUUGGAGACGGUUUAGCAAUGAUUUUUUUUUCUUUCUUUCUUCGUGAAUCAGUUUUAUUUUUUUCCCUCAUAUAAUCGGAUAUUAGCCUACCUAACACUAUUUGAUUUGUUUUUCUUAUGUUCUUAAAUAAAAACUGUUAUGCAAAAACAAUACUCCCUUCAUGUCUGUUAUGCUGGUCAAAGAAUGAGCUAAUUGACAUUCUGAAUGAGCUCAGUUAAUGCAUUGUGAAGACCAUCUUUAACACUAAAAUUCAUGCAUUUUAAUAUAUUUUCGAUUUUAAAUGAUGGAGAAUUCCCAAGAAAAAAUUUAACAUGGCUGAGAAGGCAGAGGAGAGAAAGUGCUUUCAGAUGAUGUUCUGUAUAGCCUUACUUUACUACUCAAAUUCUGGCCUCCAGUGGACAAAAGCAGAAUAACACGUUAGGUUUGAAGGUACAAUGAUGGAUCAAUCCAAUUAUACAGCGAGCCCUCUCAAUCACAACUCAUCUGAGUAUGAAUAUGACUAUUAUGAUUAUGAUGAGAAUACGGAGCUUGCGAAAUCUCUUAACAUCAUGUCACUCAUAGUCUACAGUCUGGCUUUUGUACUUGGAGUGGUGGGCAACGGCAUUGUGAUUUGGGUAACUGGAUUCAAAAUGAAAAGGACGGUCAACACGGUCUGGUUUUUGAACCUCGCUGUGGCAGAUUUCCUCUUCACUGCCUUCCUCCCACUCAGCGUGGCUUAUACGGCUAUGGGCUUCCACUGGCCUUUUGGCCAGUUCAUGUGUAAAUUCAACAGUACUCUCAGUUUCCUCAACAUGUUUGCCAGUGUGUACAUCCUGGUUGUGAUCAGUGUUGACCGCUGUGUGUCUGUGGUGCGUCCGAUCUGGGCACAGAAUCAUCGAAAUGUGAGCCGCGCUUCUGCGGUGAGCUUUGGAGUUUGGUUAUUUGCCCUGGUGUUGAGCUCACCCUACUUUGUCUUCAAGGACACCGCACCCGACCACAGCAGCCCAAACAUAAUCAACUGCUUCAACAACUUUGCAUUAUCCGAUGACUACGAGACACCAGCGGUGGUGGCGCUCCGUACUCUACGGCAUCGUGCCAUGAUCAUCACUCGUUUCCUCAUUGGCUUUGUGGUGCCAUUUGUGAUCAUCGUUUCCUGCUAUGCGGUCAUCAUCCAUCGUCUUCAAAGAAACCGUUCAAUGUCUGGCCGAACUGGACGUCCCUUCAAGAUCAUUGCUGCUGUGAUCACUGCCUUCUUCCUGUGUUGGUCUCCGUACCAUAUCCUGGUGCUUAUUGAGAUGGUAAACCACAUGAGAACUAAAUUCAGCACCACCCUGCAAUAUGUCACCACUGUUGGAAUUCCCAUUGCGACCAGUUUGGCUUUCCUAAACAGCUGCCUGAACCCAUUGUUGUAUGUUUUCAUGGGACAAGACUUUAAAGACAAGGUGCGCAAGUCAAUCCUGAAGGUUUUGGAAACCGCUUUCACAGAGGAAGUUUCACGCACAAAUACCUGCACAAAUUCAAUGCCCACCAUUCGCAACAAAGAGAACGGGAGCAAGUCCUUCUCUGAUGUGGAAGUAUAACAAUAUAACAUACAUGAAGCACUUUUUCUAAUGGAGGACUUUACAAAGUGUCUCAUGUGGAAUUUAUGUCAUCAUAAAUAAAAGUGAGACACAUCAUCCUGAAGAAACUGGACCAAAAGAAAUUCCGUUAGUUUGUAGCUUUAAAUUAAAACACUGCCUUGCUGUUAUGGGGAAAUGCUUAAUGCAGAAUUAUUACUUACAUAUGUGGGUGUAUACCUACCUAACCAUAUUUGGAGACAAAUUUGUACCCAGAAGUGAGCUAAAUCUGACAGAAAAAUUAUUAUGGGGAAGUUCUCAUUUUUAAAAUAAGGUAGGGUUCCAGCACUCCAUGCUUGGACACCUAAUAAAGUUUGUGUUUUAUUGUAAAAAUGCAGAAGGUUUUCUGUUAGGAUUAGCUAUUUAUAAAUGGCAUUAUACAAAAACAAUAGAAGUCAAUGAAAUGUCCCUACUUAGUAACGUGUGUGUGUGUGUGUGUGUGUGUGUGUGUGUGUGUACUUGUUUUGGCUAUACUGAGGACCAAAUGUCCUACAUUGUGAAACACUUUCACAACCCACUAGUGAGGACAUUUGACUGGUCCUCACUAGUUAAAAAGGCUUAUAAAUUAACCGAAAGAUGUUUUUAUUUAAAUCUAGUGUUUUGCACAUGUUUCUGUGAUGGGUAGGUUUAGGAGUAGGGAUUGGGAUUGGGUUAGGUGAUAGAAAAUAUCACUGACCUGAUAUAAAAUCAAUGGAAGUCUGUGCAGUGUCCUCACUAAGAUAGCAAAACAAACCUUUGUGUGUGUGUGAGAUAGAGAGACAGAGAGAUUUAAUGAUAUACCCAUAAAGUAUUUGACAAAUAUAUAUUGAACUUGGUAUUGUAUGCCAUAUAUGAGCAAUUUAAAAUGAAGUUUUUCAUGUAUUGUGCAUGUGAUGCAAGCUUUUUUUGUUGCUAUGUUUUUACUGUAUAACUACUGUCUGCACAAAUUUUUUAUAAUGCAUCUCUUAUUUCAUAUUAAAAAAUAGUUUUAAGUUUAUUGAUGUAUUUCAAAGACUAACCAAACUGAAUAAACUUUAUUAAGCUUA